CUUAACUUGACGACAUCGCCCUUGGCCUUGAUUGAGGUGGAACCAGCACACGGGUCGCGCAGGCUUAUUGAAAAUAUGCCGCCAGCAGCAAGAGGAGGACGAGGCGGAGGGCGAGGUGGUGCGCGCGGAGCCUUCAAUCCCGCACGAGGAACAGUUACUAUUGCAGGCACAGAGCUCAACUGGGAUCUGACUGGCCUCGACAUCCAAAAAGGCCCUGCUGAGCGUUUUCCCGAAGCUCCUCCUCCACAGGCGCCUCCACCAACAAACGAUGAGCUCGACAUGGCCCGACACCACCUUGCAGUGCGCGAUCGUAUCCACGAGGGCCCCUUCUACACCAUCCUCAACGACGGCAUGAAGAACGGCCUUAAGAGGAAAGCCAACGAGCCUGCGCCCACCGAGGCCUCGCUUUUCGACCCUUUCACCGGCAACCAGACGUACUCUGCCAAGUACCUCAAAGUACGCAGAAGACUACCCAAGCUAGACGCCCGCCCAUACGUCGUCGACCUCUUCCCAGCCGAGCUCCGCCCAACUCUCGACGUAGAUGGCACCCGCGCCGACGGCGCCACCACCAAAAAGCGCCGCACCCUUGGCGUCACCAAAGUAAACGCCGAAUCCCAAAUCGAGCGCCUCAUCCGAUCCGAGCAGCUGCGCACCAACGAGGCCGAAGCCCGCGCCGAAGAAGAAGGCGACUCAGACGCUGACGAGGACGAAGAAGAUGUAGACGAGGAUAAGCCGGAUGCUGUGGACGAAGAGGAUAAUUGGUCUGCUGCUUCUACUGACUCGGAAGAGUCGGACGACGAUUACAAUGCUGAACAGUACUUUGAUAACGGCGAGGAUGACGAUAUCGAUGAUGCUGAUCCGUAUGAGAAUACGUAUGAGUGAUUGGUUCAAGACCAACGGGACUCUGUGGAGAAAAGCAUGGGCAAUGGCGCGUAUGGAUAGUCGUUCUUUGCAUUACAUCAAGCAGCAAAUUUAGGCGUUUUUUUCUCAAAUCAAAUUUAGAUACCCGAAUCAGAACAAGAUUUUCCAUGAUACGGUAUUGUAUCUCCCUGCC